UUUAUGCUAGUAAAAUUGUUUUAAGUUAAGUUUCAUGUAUUUCAUGUUAAAUUGUAAUUCCCCACUUUGUACCUCAUUAUCUGUUAACCCGUGGGGACCCCCCCGGUAAUUUUAUCCUUUUGAGAUAAGAGAAGUAGCAUCAUUAUAUCUACUGCUAUUGUAAAGACAAGACGGCCAAACAUUUGCUGAAAUAUUUUUUGGAUUACUUGAGAAUUUAAAGUUCCUGCGAGAGCAAUGCCACCCAAGAAAAGGCAAGAGACUGUGACUAGUGGGCAGACCCCUAAAAGACAGCGGAGACAAAGGUCCCCUAAUGAUGAACCGCUGCCACAAAUCGAUUAUGACAGACUGGCGGAGGCUAUUCUGAAGAAGCAGGGCCAAGUGACCGAACCAGACAAUGGAGGACUUCCGGUAUCCCCUGGGCCCAGUACGGAUGCGGACACUCCACAACAAGCGGCUUCAGCAUCUUCACCUGACACAGCCAACACUACAGUGAAUAACAAGGGUUUAGGUGCAGCCCAACAGUCAAGUUUUCUUCUAACCUUGGACAAAAUUUUUGGGGGUGAGUCGUUUGUAGGUGCAGUGGAUGAUAACAAUGUUACACCACUGCAGUUAUCAGGGGGUAUUCCAUUAGGGGCAACUAUUCCCAUGCGUGUAAAACAAAAAAAUUGGGCUAAUCAGUAUGUUGACCUAAGGGUUUUACUGCCUGAACACAAACAGGAGACCAUUUCAGUACAAAUUGAUCAAGGAUCAAUUAAAUUGAAUUCAAAACAGUCAGGGAAACCCCCAUUGUCCAUUUAUCAAUGGACAAAUGCCUUUAUAACUUUCAUGUCAAUUUAUAUUGAAUCAAAUUCACAGUCAGCCUCAAAUUUGCUUAAGUACAUGUCAACAGUCCGUCAUCUCCAUGCCUCCAAUGGUGAUUCAGCCUGGAGGUUAUAUGAUGAGCAGUUUAGGAAGUUGCGUGAGGUAUCAGACCUGCCUUGGCAACAACCCCUUAAUGAGUUAAUCAUAAGAGUAACAACAAUGUCAAAAUCACAGAAUCAAACAUUUCCACGCAACAAAACAUCAAACAAUCAGCCCUUUCGUGGACCAAUCAGGUUUUGCUACACUUACAACAAUGGACAGCAAUGUACAUCGACAAAUUGCCCAUACAGACACAUAUGUUCAUUGUGCAAAGAAACACAUCCCCGAAUUCAGUGUGCAAAGCAAAAAUCAGACACUCAAAAUGCAACCAACUUUCGAUCCCAACGUCAAUCAGGAAAAUCAAAAACUACCAACCCCAGUACAAACACAUCAUCUUGAGUAUUACCUACAAGGUUAUGACCCCUUUCUUUCUCAUUACUUAGUUCAAGGUUUUAAGUUUGGUUUUAGUUUAGGCUGCUCAGCAUAUCCGAAGCCGCGUCUCUGUCGUAAUCAUUCAUCCACCACCCAACAUGCUGACUACGUCCUAGAUAAAAUUCAAAAUGAAAUAGAUUUGGGAAGAAUAGCUGGUCCAUACCCUUCCCCACCUUUUCAAACCUUUGUUUGUUCCCCUUUGGGUGUAGUACCCAAGAGUACACCUGGCAAAUACAGACUUAUACAUGACCUCUCAUUCCCAUCAGCCGAUUCAGUAAAUUCCUACAUCUCAGAAGAGCAUUCAAAAAUCAAAUACGAUACAAUUGAUACAAUCAUUUCCCUUGUGUUGAAAUUCGGAAAAGGGUCACUGAUGGCAAAAUCGGAUAUCGAAGAUGCUUUUCGCAUUAUUCCUUUACACCCAGAUAGUUAUCACGCGUUAGGGUUAACAUGGGCUGGUCAGUACUAUUUCGAUAAGUGUCUUCCCAUGGGGGCAAGCAGUUCUUGCAAAAUUUUUGAAUCUUUCAGUACUGCCCUUCAGUGGAUUAUGAUAUCAAAAUUUAAUGUACAGGGUAUGUCUCACAUGAUAGAUGACUUCUUUUUUAUUGGGCCUGAUAAUUCCAGUAAGUGUCUACAUGAUCUUGAGAAUUUCCUAGCUCUCUGUUCCACUUUAGGUGUGCCCAUCAAAAAGGACAAAACUGUUUUACCUUGUAAAGUCAUCACCAUUUAUGGCCUCGAAAUAGAUUCAGAAGCAAUGGAAUGUAGAUUACCAUCUGAGAAACUCGAAAAGUUAAGAAGUAUGUUAGAAAACUUCUCUCAUAGGAAAAAGGUGACUGUAAAGGAAUUGCAGUCCUUGUUAGGCUCCUUGAGUUUUGCUUCUUCUGUCAUAUGCCCGGGUCGAGCUUUCCUGCGCCGUUUAUUUGAUCUCUUAUGUGGGCCUCAGAAGCCAUCUUAUUACAAAAUAAGACUCAAUAAGGAAGCCCGCGCAGACUUGCAUGCAUGGUCUAUAUUUAUCAACAAUUUUAAUGGGAAAUGCAUCAUAAGUAAUAACCAACAUAUUUCCUCUGAUAGUUUGCGCAUGUAUACAGAUGCAUCAGGAGUGAUUGGUUUUGCUGGGGUGUUUGGAGCAAACUGGUUUGCUGGUAGAUGGCCAGAUGAUUGUAUGGAUUAUCACAUUACUGUUAAGGAACUGUUCCCUAUUGUGUUAGCUCUUGAAAUUUGGGGUAGUACUUUAAAAAACAAAAAUGUGCUGUUCCUAACAGAUAAUGAGGCAGUGUCUUAUAUCAUUAAUCAUCAGUCCUCUAAAGACCAAACAAUUAUGCGCUUGGUGCGACGCUUAGUUCUUACUUGUUUACAGUUCAAUAUAAGAUUUGAAUCAGAACAUCUUCCGGGGAAGCAAAACAUCAUUGCUGAUGGUUUGUCUCGCUUUCAAUUUCAGAAAGUCUUCCAAAGGGCCCCCUGGUUAGAGAGAACACCAACACCAGUGCCCCCAGAAUUGAUGACCAUUUAAUGAGUAAUACAAUGCACCUAUUGCAAGCAUCCCUAUCAACACCUACGAAAUUAGCUUACCGCAGAAGUUGGGAGUACUUAAUGAAGUUCUGCUUAGAAAAUCAGGUCAAAUUCCAUUUUCCAGUAUCCCAUGUACUUAUUGCCAAUUUCAUAAGUCACUUAUUCAACCAAAAAUACAGUCCAUCAACAAUAGCAUCUCACUGCUCAGCUAUUAGUUUUGUACACAAACUCAUUGGAAGUAGUGACCCCUGUCAGUCAUUCCUUAUUAAAAAAUUGCUCAAAGGUGUCCAUGCAUCUGGUACAUCUGUAGAUUCACGCCUGCCUAUUACCCAGUCAAUCCUAUUCAAAAUUAUAAAUGCUUUGGAUAAGACAGUCCCACAAUAUGAUCUAAGACAACUAUUGAAAGCAUUAUUCCUACUGGCUUUCCAUGCCUUCUUGCGUUUAGGGGAGCUGAUAGCGAAAUCUAAGGUUUCUUACAAUACUGUGGUUCAGCGUUCUGAUGUUCAUUUCGAUGAGUCCCGAUCAGUUGUCUUUAGGCUCAAAAAUUUUA